UAUAGAUUCCCCGUAUGUUUAGGCUCUCGCCGGCCAUCAUGGUGGCAUUCCUCGAGCUUUAUCCUCAAUAGUAGAGGCCGAGACGGACAUAUUCGCGGAAGAUGUGGGCGAACCAGGCGUGGGCAUCUGGGACGGUGCCGGGGACGCCCGCGAGCCAGGAGUCGAUGAGUGUUCUAGAACAACAAGCACAGCAGUACUCUGCAGCGUACCAUCAGCAGCAUGAGCAGCAGUGGCAGCAACAGACUACUACUACUACUACUACUGCUGCCGCUGCUGCUGCAAACCCCUGGGUAUGGGGCCAGACAGGGGUUUAUGGCAUGUAUGGCAUGUAUGGCACUACAUCCGGGGUGAUGCCAAUGAUGUCUGUACCUCCCCCGGCAGUUUCUAAUAUGCACCAGGAUACUAGUGUUCCCCCACCAGCCAUGGGUUCCCAAAAUGGUGCCAAUUCUAGUGCUGGUGGAGCUUCUACCGGUACCCAAUCCUCCAGUGCAGCAAAUGCUAGUAAUUCUACACAGAGCGGGGCCUCCACUGGUGCAGCUCCUCCAGAUUCUUCCUCUCCUAAAGCCCCUCUUCCACCAGAUGAUCCUCCACCACCACCACCACCUGAGGAAGAGGAAGAGAAGAAGACAGAGAAGUCUCAGGGUGGUGGCUCAAGUAAAGGAGGGGACGGUUUACUAGGGGCACAUCCUAAUGCUGGCAAAGAUACUGGGGAUGCCAAAGGGAAAACGCAGGAUUCGACUCAAGAUAAGUCGGCAGUUGGACAGACACCUGGGUCCAUGGGCGAUUCUCCUGGACUGAAAGGACUAUCACAAGGGUUGAUGGGACAAGCAGCAGAGAGAGGUGGCAUAGGAGGAGGAGGAGGAGGAUGGGGUAACCAUGGGGCACAGAAUCGACCAAAUUAUGAUUCAGCUCAGCAAAUGUCCCGUGAAGGAGAAUGGGGAAACUCCUGGGGCAAGGGUCCCAAUCAACAUGGAGGCAGUCAAGGUUCCUCAAACUGGAACCCUGGAGGUGGACAAGGUAGAAAUGAAAGUAAUCAACCUUGGGGAAGUUAUGCGGAUCGUGGUAAUCGGACAGAUUCGUCGUGGGACAGUUACAAUCGGGGACAGAAUGCUCAAGACAGGGGAGGAAGUCACCUUGGCUCGGAUCAUGGACGCGGAAAUUCAUUCGGACAGCAAAACAGGAACUUUGGUGCCGAAUCCAAGUUUGAUGAAAAGAGUGAUGAGGACCUGAAGGAGUUUGACAGGCAGUUUGUCAAUUGGGAGAAACAAUUUAAACAAUGGCAAGAUGAGAACAAAAGUCAUCCAGACAAAAAUGCUCUCAGGAAGUAUGAAGAGGAUUGGUCUAGAUGGCGAAGUGAACUAUUGGCAAAAAGAGAUGAUAUUCGUAAAACAAAAUUAGAACAAUUUGUACAAGAGCAGCAGCUGGGGCAGACUCAAAAUAAAAUUGGUAUUGAUGCUCCUGGUCCUGGUGGUAGCAUUACUGGUCCAGCUUCCACUGCCACAGGUACAGCCUCUGCAAUCCCGGCAGCUGGUCUGCCUCCUGGCCUCGACCCAAAGAAACCCAUGGAAUUGAAUGACUGGAAAGAUUUGAGUGAUAAAGAGCAAGGGGAAUGGCAGAGGAAGGGUCAUGGUGACCAAGACAGAAACUGGCAAGGCAGUGCUUGGCAGUGGGCUCAAGAUAGAGAACGAGGAGGUGGUGUCAAUCGAUCAGAUAGUGGCCAUGGUAUUGGAAACCUUGAAAAUACGUUGAAUCAACCAAGGGGACAAGACCGAGGUGGAUUUGGACGUGAUGUAGGUCGUGGUGGAUUUGGCUUGGAUUCAGGUCGAGGUGGGUUUACCCAAGAUCAAGGCCGAGGAGGAUUUGGGCAAGAACCAGGACGGGGAGGAUUUGGACAAGAACAAGGGCAAGGAAGAUUUGACCAAGGGCGAGGAGGAUUUGAUCAAGGUCGAGGAGGUUUUGAUCAGGGCCGAGGAGGUUUUGAUCAGGGCCGAGGUGGUUUUGAUCAGGGCCGAGGAGGAUUUGAUCAAGGGCGAGGAGGUUUUGAUCAAGGGCGAGGAGGUUUUGAUCAAGGGCGAGGAGGUUUUGAUCAGGGCCGAGGAGGAUUUGAUCAAGGGCGAGGAGGACUAGAUCAAGGACGAGGUGGAUUAGAUCAAGGACGAGGAGGAUUUGAUAAAGGACGAGGAGGAUUUGAUCAAGGACGAGGUGGAUUUGAUCAGGGCCGAGGAGGGUUUGAUAAAGGACGAGGAGGGUUUGAUCAAGGCCGAGGAGGAGGAUUUGGACAAGACCAAGGAGGAUUUGGGCAAGAACUAGGACGAGGAGGACUUGGACCAGAGCAGGGAAAAAGUGGACUUGAACAAGAACGAGGAGGACUUGAACAAGGGCGAGCAGGAUUAGGCCUAGAUCAAGGACGUGGCGGACUUGGUCAAGAUCUAGGAAGAGGAGGACUUGGUCAAGAUCUAGGAAGAGGAGGACUUGGUCAAGACCUAGGAAGAGGAGGACUUGGUCAAGACCUAGGAAGAGGAGGACUGGGUCAAGACCUAGGAAGAGGAGGACUGGGUCAAGACCUAGGUAGAGGUGGACUUGGUCAAGACCUAGGAAGAGGUGGACUUGGUCAAGACCUAGGAAGAGGAGGACUUGGUCAAGACCUAGGAAGGGGAGGACUUGGUCAAGACCUAGGAAGGGGAGGACUUGGUCAAGAUCUAGGAAGAGGACUUGGUCAAGAUCUAGGAAGAGGACUUGGUCAAGAUCUAGGAAGAGGACUUGGUCAAGAUCUAGGAAGAGGACUUGGUCAAGAUCUAGGAAGAGGACUUGGUCAAGAUCUAGGAAGAGGAGGACUUGGUCAAGACCUAGGAAGGGGAGGACUUGGUCAAGAUCUAGGAAGAGGAGGACUUGGUCAAGAUCUAGGAAGAGGAGGACUUGGUCAAGAUCUAGGAAGAGGACUUGGUCAAGACCUAGGAAGAGGAGGACUUGGUCAAGAUCUAGGAAGAGGACUUGGUCAAGACCUAGGAAGAGGAGGACUUGGUCAAGAUCUAGGAAGAGGAGGACUUGGUCAAGAUUUAGGAAGAGGAGGAUUUGGUCAGGAUCAAGGUCGAGGGAGAUUUGGACAGGAACAAGGUCGAGGAGGAUUUGAUCAGUCACAGGGCAUUGGAGGAUUUGGUCAAGAAAGAGGUUUUGGCAGUGCAAGCCAUGGACUUGGUCGAGGUGGUUUGAACCAGGGCCUGGAGCGUGGUGGUUUUAAUCAAGGCCUUGGGCGAGGUGCUUUUAACCAAGAUGACAGAGGUGGUUUAAUCCAGGAGAGGGGGCGUUUUAGUGAAGGACUGGGUCUAGCUGGUUUCAACCAAGAACGGGGUGGUUUUAACCCAGGAGAGGAUCGUGGUGGCCUCGGACAAGGACGUUUUGGACUUGACCGAGGGGGAUUUAACCAAGGUGACCUUGGACGUGGUGGAUUAAACCAAGACCAGGGAGGUUUUGGUCAAGGACUGGGCCGUGGCAGAUUAAAUCAAGAUCGAGGUGGUUUCAGUCAAGAAGGCCAAGGUGGUUUUAAACAUGGACUGGGUGCUGGUGGAUCAAGUCAGGAACGGGGAGGCUUUACCCAAGGUUUAGGCCGUGGUGGUUUCAACCAAGGACAGGACCGUGGGGAGUUUGGCUUUGGUCGAGAGACUCGUGACUUGGAUUUUGGACUGAAUCGGGAAACAUUUGGCAAGGGUCUUGGUCGAGGAGGAUCUCUACUAGGAGAAUAUGAUGUCAAAAAUGAUAAAGGAGGAUUUAAUCAAGGAAACAGAGGAAGGGGAUUCGAAUCCGAGCGAGGGCACAAUGAACUCGGUCUGAGAGGAGGAGGUAGAGGAGGAUUUGACCAAGCAAGAGGGGGUAUAUCUCGAGAGCUUGAUCAGCUAGGGCAUGGUCGCGGAAGAUUUGACUCUCCAGAUAAAGGAAGUGCCCCAGGACAUGGUCGAAGCUUUAGCACACUCAGGCAAGGCCCAGAGGGAAUUGAUAGUGGUAAACCAUUUCAAGAAGGAUUAGAUAAAGGCAAAAAAGGUUCAGUUGAUCAAGAUGAUCGUUUACAGGGAGGACUUGACAAAGAUGAUAGAAACACAGGAAUUGGUGGUGGAAAUUUAAUUGAUAAGGAGAUUAGAGGAUUGUUGGAUAAAAAAAAACCUGAAAGAGGUGGCUUUGCUAAUAGGGGUCGAGGGCGAGGUGCUUUUGAUAAUCAGGGACCUGAUCAAGAAAGAUUUGGUGAAAGUGCAAUGGAAGUGGAAAAAGGAGUUCAAGAUCAAGAUGAUAGGGUUCCUGGAGGAUUUGACCAAGUUGAAUGGGGUCGGGGAUCUGGUGACUCCAAUAAGCGUGGCACUAGAGGACUUGAACCAAGCAGGUGGGGUCGAGGAAACUUUGACUCGAGUGGAAGUGGAAGAGGCACAAGUAGAUGGGGUCAAGAACUUGUUGAUGCAGGUAGACAAGCUCAGGGAAGUUUUGAUCGAAGUGGGCGAGGCCGAGAACCCUUUGGCCAAAAUGAACAAGAUCGAGGUAACUUGAGUGAAUUUGGUAAAAGUGGUAUUGACAGUGGUCGAGGUGGAAUAAAUCAGGCUGGAAGAGGCCGAGGUGGCAAUGAUCGAGGUGGUAGAGGUAGAGGUGAAAGUGAAAUUGGCAGAGGACGGGGUGGGACUGAUCGGAGUGGCAGGGGUCGAGGUGCAAACGAAGAUGUCGGCAGAGGGCGAGGUGGCAAUGAGCAGUCUGGCAGAGGUCGUGGUGGAAAUGAAGAAGCUAAUAGAAGCCGAAGUGGAAAUGAAGAUUCUAAUAGAAGCCGAAGUGGAAAUGAAGAACCUGGUAAAGAUCGUGGUGGGAGUUAUCAGUCUGGCAGAGAACGAGGUGGGAAUGAUAAAGAUGGCAGAGAUAGAGGUAGGAAUGAUAAAGAUGGCAGAGGUCGUGGUGGGAAUGAUCAAGCUGGAAGAGGUCGAGGAGGAAAUGAUCAAGCUGGAAGAGGUCGAGGGGGACAUGAUCAAGCUGGAAGAGGUCGAGGGGGAAAUGAUCAGGCUGGCAGAGGUCGAGGUGGACGUGAUGAUUUCAGUGACAGAAGAUCAAGAGACUGGCGUGAAGGUGACAAUAAAGAAUUUGAUUCACAAAAGGACAACAGUGAUUGGAGAGGAAACAGUGACAGGCAUUUCAACAAAGAUGAUUCAAGGAGUGGAGGACGAGGCCGUGCUGGUGAGAGGGGUCGUGGGGGCUUUGAUCGUGGUAGGAGUCGAGGUCGAGGUGGUGGACGGGGCAAUGAGUUUUGGGAUAAUCGUGGAGAGAUGGAUCACAACAGAACUGAUGGGCCACCAGGCUGGAAUAGAGAUAACAGACGGGAACAAGAGCAGCGAAAUCUUGAUUUGGGCGUCGGAAGAUCUGCAGAGAUUCCUGGUCUGGACCUGGCUGGUGAACCACCCAAGAAGGAGAAGGGAAAGGAAAAGAGUGGUGAACAAAAGAAGGAUUCCACUUCGAAGACUGUGUUCCAUGACCAGGAGGAUGAGAAAAUAGAUGUAAAGCUUGGAGCUGAGCCACUGAAAAUUGGACCAAUUGGUGUACCCCCACAAAAGGCAGAAAAAUUCACGCUUCCAGGAGACUGGUAUGACGAUGAGGAAGACAAUGAGCGGAAAGAGGUUGAAGGUGAAAAGGAAGAGAGCAAAACUGAAGAAACAAAACCAGCAGAUAGCUCUCAACAGAAGGAUAAGCCUGGUGUUAAAGAAACUGCAAAGCCAGUUUUUGGAGGGCAGCCACAGCAAGAUAUUGGAGGUCCUCAGAGGCCAGGGCUUGAAAAUCCACAAAGGCCCGAUAUUGGAGGCCCACCAAGGCAGGAUAUUGGAGGUCCACCAAGACAGGAUAUUGGAGGUCCACCAAGACAGGAUAUUGGAGGUCCACCAAGGCAAGAUUUUGGAGGUCCACAAAGACAAGAUUUUGGGGGUCCACAAAGACAAGAUUUUGGGGGUCCACAAAGGCAAGAUUUAGGAGGCCCACGGCAAGAUUUGCGAGGUCCACGGCAAGAUUUGGGAGGGCCACAAAGGCAAGGUUUGGGAGGCGCUCAAAGGCCAGGUUUGGGAGGCACUCAAAGGCAAGGUUUUGACAGUCCAUCAAGGCACAGUUUUGGUGGAGCAGUGAAGUCACAAUUUGAUGGUCUACCUAGGCAAGACUUUGGUGAUCCAGCAAGACCAGAUUUUGACAGUGCAUCAAGGCGAGGUUUAGGGGAUGCUGAUAGAGCAGAUUUUGGAGGCACAACAAGGAGGACUUUUGAUGAUCCCAAAAGACCUGAGUUUUGGGAAAUAGACAGAGGAGACUUUGGGGCCUCAGGGAGAGAUCAACACAGUGGAUCAAGGUGGCAGGACACAAGAGACAGACAGCCACUGUCACAAGAUAGAGAAGCAUGGGAUGGAGACAGGGGACGCUCUUCUUCAGUGUAUGGCUUCUCCGAAUGUUUUUCAGAAGAAAUGCAAAGGUUUGAGGAUAAUCGCAGACGCGAAAGAUUUGGGUUGGAAUCUCGUUUCACCGAUGACCGCAGAAGUGAUUUCUGGGAUGAUCGCCGAGAUGAUUCUCGGUAUCCUGGAAGACGUCCAGAGGAUCGAUUUGAUGAUGAUGCAUACAUCCGACAACGUUGGGAUUACUAUGAAUCAAGAAGGGGUGAUGAAUCGUACAGAUGGGAUGAUCGCUAUUAUGAUGGCUAUGAUAGAACAUCAAGGGAUCGCUUUGAUAAAAGCACCUUUGGCAGGGAUCCAUAUGAUAGAGACCCCUACUUACAAGACCCUUAUGACUCAAGAAAUGCAUAUGACAGGCGUGAUAGAGAAUAUGGCACGGAUACUCGUGAUCGUGAGCGCCUUGACAGAGAUAGAAGGGACCCAUAUAACCGAGGACCUGAAGAUCCCCUCAGACGUGAACCAUUUGACCAUAAAUUGCCAACAGCUGAUCAACCAGCCAUUGUUGACUAUGGCCAUGGUGGAGGUGGUGCAGGUAUGAAGCAGCCGUUGCCGAAUACGGGUGGGCCGUUGAGCUCUGGAAUGGAUUGGCAAAUGCAGGAACCAGACAGCCGUGACCAGCCAAGUAGAGAUCGUAAUAUUAGAGGUGGCCGUGACGACAAUCGUGCAAGUGGCCGUGACGACAAUCGUGCAAGUGGUCGUGACGACAAUCGUGCUAGUGGCCGUGACGACAAUCGUGCAAGUGGCCGUGAUGACAACCGUGGAAUUGGUCGAGACGACAAUCGUGGACCACCAUCUGGAUUUGAAAACAGGUCAAGCUGGGCUUCAAGACAUGCUGGAAAUGAAGAACGAGACCGAUCACCUUUGCGAUCAGCAGCAGCUUCUAGAUUGGGAAUGGUGUCAGGCCCUUCCAAUGGAACACCUGAACCUCCACCACAAGCAGUACCUGCAGAGCCAGAGGUACCUGGAGAGGUUGUCACCAUUGAUGACCUUGUGUCUACACCUGGACGUUUUAUGCGCCCUCCAAAAAUUGCAAUUAUCCUACGUGGGCCUCCUGGUUCUGGCAAGACUACCAUGGCAAAGAUGAUUAAGGAUCGAGAAGUGGAGAAUGGAGGAAGCCCACCACGCAUUCUCAGCCUUGAUGAUUAUUUCAUGGUUGAGACCGAGAAGAUGACCCUCGACUCUGAUACUGGGAGGAGAGUCAAGACUAAGAUUAUGGAGUACGAGUAUGAAGCUGAACUGGAAGACAGUUAUCGUGCAUCUCUUGUGAAGUCAUUCAAGAAGCAGGUUGAUGAUGGCUUCUUCCCAUUCAUCAUUGUGGAUUGUGUCAAUAACAAAGUGAAUCAUUUUACCGAGAUGGUCACCUAUGCUAAAAAGCAAAGUUUUGAGGUGUAUAUUGGAGAGUUAGAAGUAGAUGAAAGUGUGUGUCUUCACCGUAAUACUCACAACCACCCCAAGGAGCACAUAGAGCGCAUUGUGAAAGCUUGGGAGCGUACGCCCACCAGCUAUACCAGAGUGGACCUGACACCACUGGCCCAGGAUGCUGCUAUUGAUGAGGUGGAGAUGGAAGAUAUGAUGGAUACAACACCAGCAAAUGAAAACAAGAAAGUUGAGGGAGAGGAAGCAGUAGAGGAGGAGAGGGAGACCUUCCUCAAGGUUUAUAAUGAAUUUAUUCGGAGCAAAUGGGAUACCGUGGAAAGCCAAGAGGACAGACUGGAUCAGCUCGAUGGUGUGAAAGCGGCGAAGAAAAAAAUAGGCAGUGGUAAACCCAAGUCAAUUGAAGACUGGCUGCAGUUGUCUGAUGACUAUGACACCAAGGUAGCUCAACCGGGCAAGAAACGGGUACGAUGGGCUGAUGUUGAAGAAGGCAAGAAACAGUCAGCUGCCCGAGAGAGAGGGUUUGUGUUGGGGCAGACUGAUUGGACUCGCAUGACGGAUUUAUCCUUUGGUAGCAGCGCCUUGGUUCAAAUACGCUACAUUGAGGGACGUGAGAAUAAGUGAACGUCUUAAGUGUCAUUUUAUUAUUAAGUGAAUAGAAGUAUUUUAGCCAAUUUAGUACACACUAUAAUAAGUUUGUGGGAAUAUUUCUCAUAUCUCGGUGGACAUUGACAUAAACUUAAGAGGACUUGUGCACGAGAAAGAAACGGUGGGGUGAAGACUCCAUUUGUUCCUAGUUUUAUCGUGGUUUAAUGUUAUGGUAAAUGCAUCAAGCAGAUGUGCAAUUUGUAUGGUAUCAAUUGACUAUACAACAUUUAAUACAAAAAAGUCUAGGAGUUUCAGAAUUUCGUAGUUAUUAGUUGCAAAUUCGUGCUCGAGUUUCAUGAUCUUUCUUUACAGUUUUGUAUAAAUACACACUUUCAGGUUAAUUUUAAUUUUUUAUUUGUCUAUCAACUUAUAUGAUUUGAUGUUUUAUUGUUUCUAUAUAAUAAAGUCUCCUGUUUCAACCCUGAGCAUUUAUUACAUUAACACUAGAGGUAGAGGAGUGUAUCGGAAGUUAGUGAUGCAGCAUCUGAGCUCUGUGCUUUAAGAUGCUAAUGUGUAUUGUGGUACGUGUGCAGGUCACUGUGAUCAACACUGUGAUCAGUAAAAGGACAAGUUAUAUUAGGUUCAUGGAUGAGGGAAUUCAGACCAGAUUUUUUACUCAUAGAAUAACACUCCACAUCAUAAAGUAGCUAAUUGGCAGACAAUUUCUGACACCAGCUUUUAUAUGAAUCAAGCUUAUAUAUUUUGGACUUUCUUGAUCUCAUCAAAUUUAUGCUAAAAAGAAAAACCAAGAGCUGAUGAAGGUGACUUCUUUAGAGCAGAAUCUGGUAUUUCAACUGCAUAAUGCAGUAUUGUACUGUAGCAAGAUUCAUGCUCACUAAACCCUCAGUUGACUGGUGAUGAGUAUUGUUAAUAUUGAGCACCUUGGUUGUAGAGGUCUUGUAAAUUGUUACAUUAUUUAAGUGUCUUUACUGAUGUUUGUGAGAUAGUGGUAAGAGAGAGUGAUUUGUAGUUGAUCAUGCCAGUGGUCAACUACAGUGACCCGUAAAGUAAUAAAUAUAUUAGUAACAUUAUUUUUAUUCAGUGUGUACUCUUACUCCUCCUUUGACAAAACCUUAAUUGAUUUCUUUCUAACUGGUUUAGUGUCUCAAGUCUCCACUUUGUUGGUGUGCUGUUCUGUACCGUGCAAUAUUCUGAUACAUUGUCAGGUUCACUAUUUUUUUCUUCUCAAGGUGUAUUUUUUUUAUAGUAUUUCAAGUUUGAAGGUUUCUUCAGUUUUCCUGCUUCAUUGGUUUGCUAAUAUCGCACUAACACUCUAAUUGGGCAGCGUAUUCUAGAUACUUUUAUUUUUAAUAUUUUCUCUACUGAAUCUUAUUUACUAAUUCUAUGAGAACCUCAAGUUCAUUGAUAUAUAUCUGGCUGCUUGGUCUCUCUUUAAUACUUUCAAGUUCUAGUGACACUAAAAUACAUCAUCAGAUUGCUACUCAUAUACAGUACAUUCCAAUAUUCAUUGCUGUCACACAUAAUCUAUUAAAAUUUACACAUUUGUUUUUGCGUCUGUCCUCUAGAGAAUUCAUUUGCUAAUAUUUUGAUGCCAAAUUUCUAGAUAUAACCCAACAAAUAACUGAGAUAACAUUUAAUAUUAGUGUAAAAAUUGUAAUCAUUGCUGAACUAAACCUUCCAAAUCCCCUUGUGUUUACAUUUGGGAAUCCACAGAGAGAAGCAAAAUUUUUAUAAAUACACUUUUGUUUUUGCAUCUGUUCUUUAGAGAAGUCAUUCAUGAGCAUUUGGCACCAAAUUUAUAGUUAAAAGCAAACAAAUAGCUGGGGAAACAAUUAUUGUAUUUUUUUUUUUUUUUAUCGUUGAGUGGCCCCGGGAACCCAGAACACACAUGGUCAGGAAUUGCUUGUAGAGGCUGGAUCACCGAAGUGUUAAUAUGCUCAUCAUGCACAGAUAAUCAAGGAAUCUCAAAAGCUGACACAUAACUUUACCAAAACUGAUUUUUCACAUUUAUGGUAAUUGUAAAAGUUUUGAGUAGAUUUAGAAUCUUAACAUUUUAUUUCAACAUUUAAGAUUUCCCUGCUCCUGGUGAAGUUAUGCAGUGGGUUAAGAUACAUCUGCAAUUUGUAUAUGUAUGAACUGGUGACCUUCACCUGUGUGUGUGUGCAUGUGUAUGUAUGCAUAUGUACAAUUUGUUUAAUUAGUUUAUCAUAUGAGGGUGAGUCAAUAAAUAAAGCCAUUUUGAUAUCUACAUUUCUCUGAGAAGAUAGGGGGUCUCUAGAUCGAACUGCAUCCAGUUGUUGCUACACAGUCCCAGAUUGGCUCAUUUGCCCUCUCAUGAUGUCAGGUUCCCAAUGUUUAAAUGAAAUGGGUUUUUUAGGGUUUGUGACAAUCUGAUGGAGGAAGUUCUGGGCUGUGCAGGCAGUGGCUAUGGGACAACUUUUCCAUACAACAUUAUUUUCAUUCUGGUCUCAUAUUAGAACACUAGUUUUUUUUUCAUGUCAUAUGAAUGACAGGAAAAUUGCCUGUUUUAUCAUGGAAGUCCUGGAAGAUAUCAGAGAAUAUUUUUUGCACAUUUCAUAAUUGUAAUUGAUCAUGUAUGAUCCAGUUAUGCAUUACCAUGGAUGAUACUAAUUUCGUAGUGAUACAUUGAUAUCAGCGGAUAAGGUGUUUUACAUGGGCAAUAUCUUGUGGUAGUGUCUUAGUACACUAACUCACGUGGUCUACCUCACCAUACUCUUCUCACCGCCGGUACACAUUUCUUUGAGAAAUGAUACACUAUUCUAUUUACUUAUUGACAUGUAUAUUUCACUCACAUUCCUUGCCUUCACUCUUAAAAAUCAAGGAUAAUUGCUCAUUACUACUUGUACGUUUAUAUUUCCAAUGACGCUGCCAUGUUUUGUUGGUGAAUAUGAUAAGUAUUGCCAACCUGCACCUGUACCUUAUGGCACACUUAGUAUAUUAUACAGGGGUGCGGGGUGCCAACUUGUACUGUUGGAUGUAGACUGGCAUGGAAUGAAGGUGGUAUUAUUUAUUGACUUGUCCCUGUACUGUAGACUCUACCCAAACAUGAUGUGGGAGAUUUCACAUACAUUAAUUAGAAAUAGACUAAUUUUAUGAGCAAUCAAUCAGACAUUACUGCUUGUUGUUCUUGAGCAAAGGAUUUUAUCAUGAUAUUCUUCUAAGCUUGAGUUUAGUUUUUUUAUCUAGAAAAGAUCAGAGCUAUUGAUUUAAGAGCAACUAAGAUAAUUGUUAAGGCAUUUUUAAUUGUUAAAAAUGUUUUGUGAAAGCUAAAAGUUCAAAUUACUAGAAUCCACCCAUUUUUCAUAUAGAGCAGGUCCGGAUUUAGUGGGAAGGCCAUGGGUCUUAUACCGUCUUGCCUCCAUAACUAUUUUUUCCAAAUAUAUUAAAUAAUAUAUCAUAUACAGAUCAAUAUAAUGUACUAGUCAAAUUCCUACUUUUGUCCUCGGUCUGUUUUUCUUAACUAUCCCUGCUGAUCCUCUUGUCUUCAUUGUUUUUGGCUGUUAACCGUAAAUCAUUCCUUGCAUUAGAUUUAAAAUCAUUGUGAAAGUAAAUGAUAACACUUUUUUACUGAUCCAUCUGGGAUGGCCUUGGUAAAACGGUUUCUGGAUCCGGGCCUGCAGUACCGGUGCCCUGUGUUGAUUUUUGGGGAUGAUAGGUUGAAAGGCAAAAUUAGUCUUAUAUUUAAUAGAAUUUGCUUUCCACCUAGCAAUUCCAGUUCUAAUUGAUUGAAUUUACCAAAUAUUGCUAUGCAAAUAUUUAUUAAAUAUAAAGAAUUAUUGUACCAUAAACCAAAUAUCAACAUCAGUUACUGUAAAUUUUUCUGAUGGUAAUUAUUAUCAUUUAAUUGUCACACUACAUUUUUUGCAUAUUUUGAGUGGGUAGAGAAUAUUUAUUUUAGGAAUAAAAUCGAGGGACAUGUUCAUGAUAAUUGUAAAUAAAAUACAUUUACAUGUA